AUGGGCAUCAUUCGCAAAACCCUGGUCGCGGGCACAGUGACCGCCGCAGCUACCCUGGGCUACAUCGGCGCCGCCACCACCCUCACCAGGCCGCUCCCCGUCAACGACAGCGUCUUCAGCUCAAAGCUCUACAAGAAGCUCAACAUCCACCGAAACCCGCCGACCCAGGACGUCGUGACGAAGCGCGUGCCCCUCGACAAGAUCCGCCCAGAAUUGUUGGAGAAAGAAGGCGACAUCGUAUUGGAGUUUUGCCGCGGUGUUUGGACUAGCCCUGCCUACGAAAUCCAGCGUCGAUACCUAGCGCGCAAGUACCACAACGAAUCCACCUCGACCGACCAAGACCUCUGGUCCAAGGAGCAGCUGUCGGCGUCGACGUACGAGCCGGGCACCAUCAUAACGGACCACUUCCAGGUGCUGGAGAAGACGCCGACGUCCAUCACGGUGCGGUGCGGCGACUCGCCGCGCAACCAGGGCCCGCGCGACUCGGACGGCCUCUUCAUCUUCUCGGCCGUCGUGGACAGGGAGCGCGGCGAGGUCGAGCUGGGGCUCAAGAGCACCCUGUUCCCCAGCUCGAGGAAGCUGGAGGGCGACGAGGCCAAGCCGCCCCUGCCGCCGUGGAUAGAGGACCUGCAUACGUGGUACGCGAGGUUUUGGAUGAUUUCUGGGUAUCGCAGGUUGCUGAGGUAG